AUGCUGCUCAUUCUAGCCCUGGUCUUGGGAACUGGGUUCCUAUACCUAUACCAUGUGAAUUCGGCAAUGAGCACAACCCCAGAAGAGGCACUGAAGUUAUCUCCAAAAAGAUGGACAAUAGAGGAGAUAAAAGAGGUAUACAAACGGUGUCAGGAGAGCCCGGUCGAUAUCACAAAGAGCCUCCCGCCAAAACAGUCGCGGCGAUACGUGGUGGUUGGUGGAUCCGGUCUGGUUGGUGCAUGGAUUGUCUCACAUCUACUAGCUAGAGGCGAAGACCCCCAAUGCAUUCGUAUCUUGGAUCUCCUGUCGCCGACGCGGGAAAUUCUCGGCCAGGGCGUAACAUACGUCAAAACUAACAUCGCCAACGAGCUAGAUGUAACCGCAGCCUUUGAAAGGCAAUGGUCGCCAUCUAGAUCCCAGCUUCCUUUGAGCGUGUUUCACACGGCAGCUAUCAUUCGUCCGCAGGAUCGAUUGGAGAUAUUCUUGCCACUGUCCACGAAGGUGAACGUCGAAGGUACACGCCAUAUCCUCAAUGCUGCAAAGAAGGCCGGUGCCACCUGUCUCAUCUCUACGUCUUCUGGCUCAGUUACUCUCCAACGGCCUAGAUUCUGGAUCGCUCCGUGGUCUAAGAUUCCUGAGCAUGUUGUGCAGGUUAUGAAAGAUGAUGCGAAGAUUCCACAGAGCCACGAACAGUUCUUCGGUAAUUAUGCUGUUACUAAGAUUGAAGCUGAGCGUAUUGUUCGCUCGGCUGAUGAUCCGGAGUCUGGUUUUCGUACUGGUUGUAUUCGUCCUACGAAUGGCAUCUAUGGACUUGGGACGGAGCACUCUAAUACCAUCACGGGCAUUUAUCUGCGCCGCGGAGGCUGUCCAACUUGGAUUCGCAAUAUCUUGCACAGUUUUGUCCACGCAGAAAACGUCUCUAUCGCACAUUUGCUCUACGAACAACGACUCCUAGAGCAAUCAGAACCCGGAUCAAAACUCCCCAACACCGGAGGCCAGGCUUUUGUAGUUUCAGAUCCAAAUCCACCAAUAUCUUUCGACGACCUCUACAAACUGAUAACAACGCUGUCCAAAACACCCGUGUCAUUCCUGAACGUACCGCCAGCUCCCUUUCUGCUCAUGGCUUAUCUGGUCGAGCUCUACGCCUAUGUGAAAUUCAAGUAUCUGUCAUUCUUGCCCGCGUUGGCUGAUGACUUGGAUCAGAUUCAGCCGGCGCUCUUCUCUAUUUCGGAUGUUUAUUGCAUUGCUGAUCACUCACGUGCGACGUUGGCGCCGGAGGAUGGGGGUUGGGAAGGCUGA